GGUCCACUUCCUGUUUGCACGUCUGAGCAGAGAAGGCUGACAACUGAAGGUGAGGCACACAGCUGAAGGGGAGCAUGGCGGGUGUCCCUGUACCGCUGGACGAGCACCAGGUAACAGAGUUUGACAGCUCGGGUCUGGAAUGCACACUGCCCGCUUUGCAUCCCAAGAGGAUAACUGAGCGUCUCUUUCUGCCAUACACCCCCCCACCUGCAGAGGGUUCUGUGGCUGAACUGGAGGAGUUCCUGGAGCAGGCCCGGUUCAUCACCGAAGACCUGGAGUGGCUGCUGGCCCUGCCUCAUGACCUCUUUUGGUGUCAGGUGGUGUUUGAUGAGUCCUUGCAGAGAUGUCUGGAUUCGUACUUGCAGCUGGCCCCUCGUAGCUCAGAUGUGUCCGGCCUCCCCUCGUCUCCUGCCCUAGCGGAGGUCCAGAGUGCUCUGCACAGAGCAGUCUUCAUGACCUUUCUUAGAAUGGCCACUUACAAAGAAUCAAAGGAACACUUUCUCACUGCAUCGGCAUUUAAGGAAAUAAUCUACGACAACUUUCUGUUUGACAUUCCAAAGAUCAUGGAUCUGUGUGUUCUCUUUGGAAAGGGAAACAGCCACCUUCUGCACAAGAUGAUCGAGAACAUCUUCACCCAGCAGCCAUCCUACUAUAAUGACCUGGAAGAGGCCAUUCCCACUGUGUCACAGGUGUUUGAGAGCAUCCUGGAGCGCUGUGGCCUGCAGAGUGGAAGCACUGCAGCCGUGGAGCCGAUGAAGCUGAAUGCACACAGAGGGCCAGACCUCUCCAGCAUGGUCCAGCAGGAAUUGUCUGACCUGCUCGUGUACCUGUGUGACUCCACUAGCACCAUCCAUGCCUUCCUGGAGAUCUUCCCACAGGCCUGCUCCAGCUUCUACUCCCAUGGCUUCAUCAGCAGGCUGAGCUCCUUCUAUGAAAGCGCUGUGCCUGAACUGGAGAAGGUAGCCAGGAAAGCAACAUUUGAUGACAAAGGGUUGCUGAUGGAGUUAUGGCUGCGACUAUCCCACUCGUGCAGGAGGAUUGUGGACACAGUUCAUCUGCUGCUGCACCACACCUGUCUCCAGCCCAUUCUGGAAGGGGGAGACAAUAUACAAAAGUGUGCAGAAGAGCUCCUCCAGAAUUUCACCUCAUUUUUACCUGAGAAAAGGUUUCUGUGCGACUACAAUGAGCAGUUCCCCAUUGUGGAUGAUAUCAGCCUCCUGCAGCAGGCCCUCCCUCUCAUUGAUGAAACAAGGACAUCAUACCUGCUUCAGGGUGUGCAGAGUGCUGUGGACAGUAUAGGGACAAGAAGACUGGAGGCCCCUGUCCAAAAGAGGGAAGACAGCCUAUGGACGCUUACCCAACAAGCACAGAAAACAGAACUACAACCGGAGGGACAACCAAAACAACAAGCAGGGGGACAGCCAGCAGCACAGAACUCUGAUGGUGCCCAAAAGAAACAGGUGUGUUCACUGAGCACCGCAGAGCUGGAAUCGCUGCUCUCCUCUGUCAAGGACCUGCUGCCUGAUCUGGGGGAGGGCUUCUUGCUGGCUUGCCUGGAAGAGUAUGACUACAACUCCGCAGUAGUCAUCAACAACAUCCUAGAGGAACGUCUGAGCCCCAGUCUGAGCUCGCUGGACCGCUCCAUGCCAAGAGUUCCCUCGGACCCACUGCCGGAGCUCCUUGACCACAGGUCCAAUGUGUUUGACGAUGAUGAAUUUGACAUAUUCCGACGAAACCAGGUGGACAUGUCCCGCAUCUGGAAGGGACGAAGGAAAGGGGAAAGUGCCAAGGAGAUGCUGAAUGACAAGCGGCACAUAGAGGACCAGAGAAAGCGGUACCAGUCAUAUGAGACUGUGGUGGAUGAGGUGAGCCUAGAACCUGGAGAGAGUCUGGACUAUGAGGACGAGUACGACGACACCUACGACAUGAACCAGGUCGGGGCCAAUGAUCUGGACCAGGACAGCCUGCUCAGAUGGAGACCCUUCACUGUGCCCCAGAUCCUCCGCCAGGGACACAGAGCUGAGGAAGAGGAGGAGGUGAGUGGGGAAGAUACCGAAGAGGAACGUGGACACAAUCAGAACAAUGUGCAGCGUGACCAGUUUGUGCAGGAUCCAGCAGUACUACGAGAGAGAGCUGAGGCCCGGCGAGCAGCCAUGCAGCAGAGGAGAGGGUACAGACCCGAACGUCCCAGCCAUGUGGUGGGACAACCCAAAGGACAGGGCCAGAGCCAGGAGACGGUACUGGACCGCCGCAAGAAAGAGUCCAACAAGAGCCGCGGAGCCAACCACAAUCGCCGUUCACUGGCAGACCGCAAGAAGAACAAGGGCAUGAUCCCUAUAUGACCCCUAUGUGACCCCUGGACUUCUUUUGGCAGUCACCACUCCAGAGCUGUGGUGGUUUGCUUAAGUUGUGACCAAAGGACUGGCACAUUCAACACUUGUUUAAACUACAAUAUGACUAUAAUAACAGACUAU